AUGAACUCAUACACUCAAACAUUCUUGAAACGUGUCUUCUGGGGCCCUAAUUGCUUGGAAAGUGCACUUCCAGAUGCAUUGUCAUUGGUAUCAAAGAACAAGAAAGCACUAAUCAUCACCGGUCGUUCGCUAGACAAAAAGACUGACGUCGUUCGUCAAGUUGAAAAAGUUUUAGGUCCUGCACAUGCUGGCACUUUUGCAAAUAUCGGUCAACAUGCUCCAAUCGCUGAUAUUCGUCAAGUUGUUGAACAAGUUCGUCAACAAAAAGCAGACGUUUUAGUAGCCGUCGGAGGUGGUUCUCCAAUCGAUUCAGCCAAAGCAGUCGCAUUCUUACUUCAACAAGAAAAUGCAGAACAACAUAAGCCAGCCUCUGAUGAACGUGACUUUUUGCCAAUCAUUGCAAUUCCUACAACUUUAUCAGUAGCAGAAACGACGCAAAAUGCAGGUUAUACAAGCGAAGAAGGCAAUAAGACCGGUGCCUCCCAUCCUGCCAUCGUUCCAAGGGUUAUCAUUUACGAUGCUGCUCUCACUCUUGCAACUCCUGAAAGGCUAUGGCUUUCUUCUGGUAUGCGAGCUGUAGACCAUGCUAUCGAGUUACUCUACAGGCCAGGUGAUUCUGGAAUCUUGCUUUCCACUGCUUUGGGUUCAAUUCGGGAAUUGUUCUACCUUUUACCCGCUACCAAGAAACAGCCAGAGAAUCUUGAAAUUCGCCAAAAACUUCAAUUGGCAUGCUUCCAAUCGCUAUGGCCAGAAGGUAGAAAAGGCGCUUUAGGUCUUAGCCAUGGACUCGGUCAUGCUUUGGGAGCAAAAUAUGCGAUCCCACAUGGAAUCACGUCUUGUUUAACUUUGCCGGGUAGCAUUGCCAUCACUUCUCAAGCACCUUCGACAUCCAAUACUCACCUCUUAGCAUUGUCAGAUGCAUUAAACUUCAUCCCUCCCUCGUUCUACGCUGGAGGAAACCAACAAGCAAAUACAGCCUUACCACCGCCUUCAAUCUUGGCAUCACAAUUAUCGCCAAAGGCGCAAAAAGAUGGUUCGGUUGGCAGUGCAGAAGAGGACGGCUUGAUCAAACAAGCCCGUGCUCGUGGUUUGCUAGUUAGUCAAUCAGUUCGCAAAUUAGUGGAAGAUUUAGGCUUACAUUCAACUUUGGAAGAAUACAAAGUGCCAAAACAAGAUUUCGAAACGAUUGCCCAUCAUGUCACACGCGGACAAGACGCCGCUUUGCAGCAAUUGAUUGUCGCCAUGCUGAAUGCAAAGUAUGAUGACAAACCAGGACAUUUGUAA